GUAUAAGAAAACAGAUCCUCCUUCUAAGAACAAAGCAAAAAUAAGAAUUGUUCAAGUCAGAAGAAACAGCAACAAAUUAGAUGGUACACUGAAGCUGACGUUAAUUCAUUUAUAUAAACGUGAACUAAUUUGAGGUUUUGUUCUUUCCGCAGUGUGGCUUGGAUCCUUCAGCGUGGCUUUAGGUCUGUUCCUUUCACCCUUUAUUGUGGCCUUCUGUCGUCGUAAAAGUACUCGACUGACAGCUGUCUUCGGUGGACUGACCGCCGCUUUGGGAUGCCUCUUCACAUCGUUUGCGUCACAGAUGCAUCAAGUAUUCCUCAGCUACGGUUUUGUCAUGGCCUUGGGUCUAAGCUUAGCACGUGUGACGUCAUCUCUGAUGAUUGGCCAGUACUUCAAGCGAAGACGGGAGAAAGUGGAAGUUGUAGUCACAUCUGGGACGGGCUGCGGAGUCAUCGUUUUUUCUUACAGCUUCGCGAAAAUCAUCAGGUUGCUGGGCUGGCGUCUCGGCCUCCACGCCAUCACUGGCAUGGCAGUCAUUCCGUUCUUCGUAGGCAUCUGCUACCGCUCUGCGUCCCUCUACCACCCUCAGCGGCGGGCAAUCCUCCAUCUGAAGAACCAGAGGAAGAAGAUCAAAGACAAAUCCGGGGUUUCAGACAAGCCUGCUUUCUUUGACUGGGCACCCCUGCGCAGCGGACCUAUUCUGGUCGCCAUGGUUUCGGCAGCUCUCUGCGCCUUUGGACUGUAUGCCCCUUUCUUCCAUGUAGUCCCCCUUGCUGAAUCCGAGGGUCUAGAAGAAGAUUCCAUCCUUCAGCUUCAACUUCACUUAGGCUGCGCCUUCGCUGUAGGCUGCUGGAUCUUCGGCCUCCUCCUGGUGAAGAAAAACGCCGAAUGUAUUGUGGGAAAGCAAUACCUCUGCCAAGCAGCCAUGAUAGCCAUAGGACUCAGUUUUCUUUCUGUUCAUACUGCACACGAAUUCUACGGCUUUGUGCUCUUUGCUUGGAUGUAUGGUGUUCCUUGUGGAGGACUCCAUUAUUCGCUGAAAAUGUUAGUGUUUGAAAAAAUUCGUGCCAAGAGUUUUAGCAGAGCUUGGGCGUACGUCGAAUGGGCACAGAGUAUACCUGUUCUUGUUGGAAUUCCUGCCACAGGUUACAUUAACACUUAUCAUGGUUCAAGAACAGGUUUUUAUUUCUCCGCCGCCUGUUCUAUCGCCGGCGCUGCUGUUCUGUUCCUAAACAACCUCACCUCCAGGUAUCCUUACACCAGGAACAGGGGCCAUGGGUCUUGCAGCACGUGCACCUCGCAGACGCCAUCUUGUUGCUGCACGCAGGAUUUCAAUUUACCCCAAAGUCGCCAAGAAUCUUCUGGAGGACACCCAAAGUGCCAGAAAACGAUCUCCUUCAGUGACACGGUCGACAUUGCCGACGAUGACAGCCCACCCAGAAGAUAUCCUUUGAACUCCAAACCAUAUGAAGCACAAAAUGAACCAAUGAGGCCUAUUUCCGACACAAAUAACGCCUGGGCAUGCGCAAACGACUUCGAGGAGAACAUUGAUGUGGACAAUCUGGACGAGAACAUUGUCAUUUGCUACGACAACUACGACAAUCGACCCACAAAUAAUGCUGUAGUUGUUGUCGAAGAUCGCAAACCCGUGAUCCGUUACGGUUGCGGUCAUUACGAAGGGGAACUCGAGGACCCCGUCGCUGUACAACUGCCUAAAAGACAAAUGACAGUUAUCGAAGAAGUGACCAGUAGUGUAUGAGAUAUUGUAAUAAAAUGUUGAAUUUA